AAUAGUAAUAAAAAAUUAUAAACACCACUUGGUCUUUCAAGUAAGAUCAGUUUAAACUAAGUUACUAGUUUGGCCUCUCAUUCACACACAGACAGACAGACGUAAUAUGGAGAGAGACAUGGAAUUCGUACUAGACGAAUUGAUGAUCAAUUCAGGGAACGUGGUAGAAAAUGUAACGGAGACACUUAACUCAAUACCAAGUGAGUUAAAAAGAUUGUUGCAGAUGCUAAAGGAUUUUGCUGCCAAAGUGUUAGUGACGCUAAAGAAUGUUGGUGGCGAAGUGUUACUGACGCUGAAGAAUAUCGGAGGACAAAUGGUGGUGACAUUAAAGAAUAUUGGUGGUGGAUUUGCUAGUUGGUUUAAUAGGAUGUUUCCGCCGGGAACUAGAAUCGAAAAGAUCAAAGAAUGGUGUAAGUUUGCUUUAUGCUUCAUAGGGAUGCUAGUUAUUGUUUAUGCAAGCUUUUAUGCUGGAAAAGUAGGGGCGGCAAUAAUGAAGAAUAUUUUUGGCGAUGGAUUUCCUAGUUGGUGUACUAUGGUGUUUCCGCCGGGAACUAGGGUCGAAACGAUCAAAGAAUGGUGUCAGGUUGCUUUAUGCAUCAUAAAGUUUCUGCUGUGUUCGACUGAACAAGAUGAUGAAAGCUUUCGUGCUGGAAAAAUGGUGGCGACAGUAAAGAAUUUUGGUGAUGGAUUUGCUGACGUGUUUCCGCCGCCGGGAACUAAAAUCCAUAAGAUCAAAGAAUGGUGUCAGGCUGCUUCACCUUUCAUAGGGUUGCUGCUGCGGUGGCUUCAACAAGAUGCUGAAACCUAUUAUCAGGGAGUGAAAUCGCAGCUAGAGCUGACUAAUUUAGAGGAUGAAAGCUCUAUGUAUGCGGCGGUACUGGGACUGAUACUGCUACUGCCCAAUUAUGUGAAGGAAAGAUGUGAUAAAAUUAAGCCAGUGGCAGGAAAAGGACAAGGACCGAUAAUCGGAAUCGAUCUCGGCACUACAUACUCAUCCGUCGGCGUGUGGCAACACGACCGUGUUGAAAUCAUUGCCAAUGAUCAAGGUAACAGAAUGACGCCAUCCUACGUUAGUUUCACUGAUUUGGAGCGUCUCAUUGGUGAUGCCGCCGAAAAAGAAGUCGCUAGGAACCCUACCAACACUGUCUUUGCUGCUAAAAGGUUGAUAGGUAGGAGAUUUAGUGAUGCCUCUGUGCAGAGUGACAUGAAGUUGUGGCCAUUCCAGAUUGGUGCUGUUGCUGGUGAUAAGCCACCGAGGAUUGGAGUCUACUACAAGGGUGAGAAGAAACAGUUUACUGCUGAGGAGAUCUCAUCUAUGGUGCUCAUGAAGAUGAAAGAGAUUGCUGAAGCCUUCCUUGGCACAAGUGUUAGGAAUGCUGUGGUUACUGUUCCAGCCUAUUUCAAUGACUCUCAGCGUCAGGCCACCAAGGAUGCUGGUGUUAUUGCAGGCCUGAAUGUGAUGCGUAUUAUCAAUGAACCUACUGCAGCUGCCAUUGCUUAUUAUGGUCUUGAUAACAAGGCUACAAGUGUUGCUGAGAAGAAUGUGCUAAUCUUUGAUCUUGGUGGCGGCACAUUUGAUGUCUCUAUUCUAACAAUUGUGGAAGGUAGUACCUUUGAGGUGAAAGCUACUGCUGGAGACACCAGCCUUGGAGGUGAGGACUUCACCAAUAGGUUGGUUAACCAUUUUGUUCAGGAAUUCAAGAUAAAGAGCACAAAGGAUAUCACUGGUAAUCCUAUGGCGCUCCAAAGGUUGAGAACUGCAUGUGAGAGUGCAAAAAGGACUCUUUCAUCCGCUGCUCAGACCACCAUUGAAAUUGUCUCUCUGUACGAGGGUAUUGACCUUUCUUCCACCAUCACACGUGCUAAAUUUGAAGAGCUUAACAUGGAUCUGUUUGCAAAGUGUAUGACAUCAGUUGAGGACUGUUUGAGGGACGCUCUGAUGAUCCAGAGCUCAGUUCAUGAUGUCGUCCUGAUUGGUGGCUCCACUAAAAUCCCAAAGGUCCAACAACUUUUGCAGGACCUUUUCAAUGGGAAGAAGCUAUGCAAGAGCAUCAACCCUGAUGAGGCUGUUGCUUAUGGUGCUGUAGUGCAUGCUGCAAUUUUAAGUGGGGAGCGUAAGGUGCAGGAUCUUUUGGUGUUGGAUGUUACCCCUCUUUCCCUUAGUGUGAGAUCUGAUACUUCUCAUGACAUGUCUGUAACAUUGAUUCCCAAAAACACCACUAUCCCAACAAGGAAACACUUUACAACCCCCCACACGAUUCAGGUCUUUGAAGGUGAGAAAGUAGCGAAGAUCACGGACAAUAACUUGCUUGGCGAAUUCGAGCUCUCUGGCGUCCCUCCUAAAAGUCCUCAAAUCACAGCGUGCUUUCACAUUGAUGCUGAUGGUAUCUUGAAUGUCUCUACUGAGGACACGACAGAUGGCCAGAAUAACAAUCUUUUUCCUGUUUCGAAGAAGAAGAAGAAGAACGCGAUUACAGUCACCAAUAACAAGGGCAGACUCUCGAAGGAGGAGAUCGAGAAGAUGGUUCAGGAAGCAGAGAAGUACAAAUCUCAGGAUGAGGAACACAAGAGGAAGGUCAAGGCAAAGAAUGCUUUGGAGAACUACUCAAACAGUAUGAGGAAAGCUGUGAAAGAUUACAAGGAGAAGAUUGAAGAUGCCACCGAGCAAAGCAACCAAUGGCUCAACGGCAACCACCUUGUUGGGCCUGAUCAAAUUGAGGGCAAACUGAAGGAGCUACAGAGCCUCUGCAACUCAAUGACUGCAAAAAUGUACCCUGAGGCAGGAGGCGAUAUGUAAGUGGGUGUGCAUUAUUCGGAUUAAAUCGAAAAACCAAAUCGAAUUUUAAUUUGGAUUGGUUUUUUGGUUUGGUUUCCGAUUGAGAUAUUAAAAAUUUCAGAUUUUUGGUUUGGUUUCCGAUUUAGAAAAUUAAAAACCGAUAAAUAGAAAAUUUAUGUAAUAUUAUAGUUUUAAACUACUCAGAAUGUAUCAUUUUGAUAUCCCUAAUAAUGUGUUACCUUCGUUCCGGAGGACUCUCACCAUAAUCAGCGUAGCACCGAGAAAGGGCAAAAAAAACAGGUGAUAAUCGCUUUAUGAGUUGAAAUUUGAGUUUGAUCUUGAGUCUUAUUGCUCGA